GAUCUCUGACAAGUGUUGGAGUUUUCCACGAGAGUUUUCUGUCAAUUAAUCUUGUUCAAAAGUCGUUAUUUAAUUGCCAGAUUCUUGUGAAUCAAACAAAAUACGUCAAUGGCUGCGGAAGAAAAUUACGAGCAGUUCGAAGAUGAGGAGACGGAGAUUCCGAUCGGAGGAACGCUUCCGGGUGGAAGAAAACGGUUAUUUUCAAAGGAGCUCCGCUGCAUGAUGUACGGAUUUGGCGAUGACCAAAAUCCAUACACCGAAAGCGUAGACUUUCUGGAAGAUUUGGUGAUCGAAUUCAUCACCGAAAUGACCCACAGGGCAAUGGAAAUUGGACGCACAGGCAGAGUGCAAGUCGAAGACAUUGUCUUUCUUGUGAGGAAAGAUUCUAGAAAAUAUGCCAGAGUUAAGGAUCUGCUGACAAUGAAUGAGGAGCUUAAAAAAGCAAGGAAAGCCUUUGACGAAGUGAAAUACGCAGGUACUGUCAAUCAGUAGGAAACCGGUUGAUUGAUAUUAUCAAGUAAAAACAAAAAUAUCAUUGGUAGAGGUGUGUGAAUUCAUGAUUUUUUGGUUUUCGUUAUUGUAGAGUCUAAUCCAAGUCUUAUUGCAAUAUAUGAAUAAUUAGCUAAUCAAACACAUUCCGAAGUAUUUUCUGAAACAAGUUUUCAUCAUAGCAUAAUAUCCAAUCAGGCUUGAAUCAGACUCGUUAGUUUUAGUUUAUUGCGUAUAAAAUAGAGCUAUGAUUUGUUGUUUAUGAACUGAUCGAGCGAUGGUUUCUAACAGGAAUGGGUGGCGUUACUGUAAAUAUUGCAUCCUCACCAUUGUUACUAUUUUUUGUUUGGUUUGUUUUAUUACUAUGCAAUUGGGUGGACUUUGUCAUGUUUAAGUGAUUGCGCUAUUGAAACUAAAUAUGGAGGUCACUGAGUUUCAAUAAUUGAUCAAAUUGGUCUGUUUUAUUAAAUUUAAUACCAGGUAGCAUGUAAUUAGUGUUUUGCAUCUCAUUUUUAUUUUGAAUAGUCGGUGUCAUAUAUAUUGUAAAUAAGUGUUGCAUCAUAAUUGAUUAAUUAUUGAGUUGCGUUUUAGAAUGUUAAACCAAAACAAACAAGGUUGCCUGUUGAAUUCAUUCGAAUGAAUAUCUUUUGUACGUUUAUACUUGAAUACCAUGGUACUUUAAUGAAUACAUUUAACAAUCGUUUUGGGUGAAGAUUAGAAAUGUGUACUGAUGUUGCAUAAUUACUACGUCAUCUAACUAAGUGAUAAUGAAUCAACAUAGUAUCAUAUUUGAAUAAAUAUUUUAAACGGAAUCAGAAACGCUUGGUCUUAGUAACAACCUAUAUUUUACCGGCAGAAUAACAUCGUGCGGUGAAAAGAAAUACCUUGGUUAAAGAAGGAGAAGGAAAUGUGUAAAAAUACUUGUAUGGGCGCAAAUCAACUAUGCAAAUGGUCUGCCAAUUGCAAUUUGCUGCAAUUUUCAAUUGGGCUUUGACACAGCCUAUUUAAUAUCACUGCGACAUGAUCAUCGAAUCCCAGACUGCAACCAGAUUCUCGAUUUUCACGGAGUGAUAUGUUUGAUGCAGUACAGAGUGAGUUUCUUGACUUGUUGAAGAAUAAUUCAUCUCCGUAUGUAUGUACAUAUAUUUAUGUGUCUAUUUGUGAUGACUGGAUUGAAUUUAUUUGUACAUUCAUGUAACUUGCUCAGGAUUUUACCAAUAAUCAAUGUAUGGGCGUUGUA